AUGUACGUAGAUAGAGAAUCAAAAUUAAAAAAUGUGGAUAAAAUAUUAGGACGAUAUCUAGACGAUUCAAAUUUCGCUGGAACUUAUAUAGAUGUAAAAACUAAUUCUGUAAUAAUUUAUACAGUAAAUAUGGCUAAAAAGCAUAAUAUAAUUUCUAAGCCUGACGUGAGAGAACAUGAAAGGCUUUUGGUCUUUAGACGAGUAAGGAAUCCUUUGGCCCGUUUAAAAUCCAAGUUUAACGAAUUAGAUACAAUAGCUAAGCUGAAAAAACCAAAAGGCAUAUUUGUUUACAUUCACCCAAGAUUUAAUAACAUCGCUGUAGUUGUAUUUUGGCCACCUGAUCAAAGUUCUCAAGAAUUUAUAGGAGCUGCCAGGCGACUUGGUGCGGAUAUAUAUUUUCCUUUUAACGAUAAUACACCACUUACUAAAAGGGGCCUAGGCAAAAGAAAAGCGAGACCCUUUAAAAAUAAAAAAUUUUUUACUAAAUACGGUUUAAUUGGUCACUUGGUAUAUCAUUCUGAAACUCCAUACGAUAUUGGUCUGAUUGAUAUAGAGAGUAUGCGUAAACUUCGACCAUCAACUAAUAUAAGGAAUGACCAAAAUGCUACAUAUCCUGAAUUAACUAUCAUUGAAGGUCCACCCGUAUCUAGCCAUGGUGCACAUUUAUGCAGGUCUGGUGCCACUUCAUUGGCUUCUUGUGGUUACGUAGAUGCAUUUAAUGGGAUUUUUUUAGAUGAAACAGGAAUCUAUGAGUCAAACAUAAUCAUUAUAGAUAAGAUGUCAUCCGUCGGUGGUGAUAGUGGAGGUCCUGCUUAUUAUUUUUCAGAUUUUUCAAAUUUGAGAUUGGUAACUAUAACUGGCAUAUCCACAGCAAGUCUAAAACGUCAAGAUAUUCCUCUUUAUCCUUUUGGUGUGGUAUUUCCUAAAGAAAUAAUUCUUGAUAGAUUUCAAUUGGAUUUAAUUACUAGAUUUUAG